GCAAAGUGCCAUGCGCCAGAGGAGACAGACUUGCUGGUUUGAGAGACCCGUGGUGCUUGGAAUCUCUCCGUGAUUCAUUGGGCAGGGGUUGUAGGUAGAGCGUAGCUGCUUCCCUCACUGGACUUUACUUUUGGUUUAUGUUUUUAAUUUAUCCAGUGUUGGAGGAAAAAUAGCUACCGCAUAAAGACAGCCGUGGAAGAUUGUUUGAGAAUAUCUUACUGUAUAUUGAAGAGAGCUGUCCUUCUCAGUCUAGUUCAUUUCGUUUACCAUGGCUUCAACAACCUGUACAAGGUUUACUGACGAGUAUCAGCUGUACGAAGAGCUUGGGAAAGGCGCCUUCUCUGUGGUGAGGAGAUGCAUGAAGAUCUCCUCUGGCCAGGAGUAUGCUGCCAAAAUCAUCAACACUAAGAAGCUCUCCGCCCGGGAUCACCAGAAGCUGGAGCGCGAGGCCCGGAUCUGCCGUCUGCUCAAGCACCCCAACAUCGUGAGACUCCAUGACAGCAUAUCAGAAGAGGGAUUCCACUAUCUAGUCUUUGAUUUAGUCACUGGAGGGGAACUGUUUGAAGAUAUUGUAGCCAGAGAAUAUUACAGUGAAGCCGAUGCCAGUCAUUGCAUUCAGCAGAUCCUUGAGGCUGUGCUUCACUGCCACCAGAUGGGCGUGGUCCACCGGGACCUGAAGCCAGAGAAUUUGCUUUUGGCCAGUAAACUGAAGGGGGCGGCCGUGAAGCUGGCAGAUUUUGGGCUGGCCAUCGAGGUCCAGGGGGAUCAGCAGGCCUGGUUUGGGUUUGCUGGGACUCCAGGUUACCUGUCUCCGGAAGUCCUUAGGAAAGAUCCGUAUGGGAAACCUGUGGACAUGUGGGCCUGUGGCGUGAUUCUCUACAUCCUGCUGGUGGGGUACCCUCCAUUCUGGGAUGAAGACCAGCACCGGCUCUACCAGCAGAUCAAGGCCGGGGCUUACGAUUUCCCCUCUCCUGAGUGGGACACGGUGACCCCUGAGGCCAAAGACCUGAUCAACAAGAUGUUGACCAUCAACCCAGUCAAACGCAUCACUGCAACAGAGGCCCUCAAGCACCCCUGGAUCUGCCAACGCUCCACUGUAGCCUCCAUGAUGCACAGGCAGGAGACUGUGGAGUGCCUGAAGAAGUUCAACGCCAGGAGAAAACUCAAGGGGGCUAUCCUGACCACUAUGCUGGCCACACGAAACUUCUCAGCAGCCAGGAGUUUGCUGAACAAGAAGACUGACGGAGUGAAGAUUAACAACAAAGCCAACGUAGUAACCAGCCCCAAAGAGCCCGUCCCCACUCCUGCACUGGAACCUCAAACCACUGUUAUCCACAACCCCACUGACGGAAACAAGGAGUCCUCAGAGAGUGCUAACACCACCAUCGAGGACGAGGAUGUGAAAGCUUGCGCUCUAAACAUUAAAGCUCGCAAGCAGGAGAUCAUUAAAGUCACGGAGCAGCUGAUCGAGGCCAUCAACAACGGUGACUUCGAAGCCUACACGAAGAUUUGUGACCCAGGCCUUACAUCUUUCGAACCUGAGGCCUUAGGCAACCUGGUCGAAGGCACUGACUUCCACAGGUUCUACUUUGAAAACGCUCUGUCCAAGGGGAACAAGCCCAUCCACACGAUCCUCCUGAACCCGCACGUGCACCUGAUCGGCGAGGACGCGGCCUGCAUCGCCUACAUCCGGCUGACGCAGUACAUGGACGGCAGCAGCAUGCCCCGCACCAUGCAGUCGGAGGAGACGCGCGUCUGGCACCGCCGCGACGGCAAGUGGCAGAACAUCCACUUCCACCGCUCCGGCUCGCCCACCGUCCCCUCCAAGUAAGCUAAAAAGCAUUGUCAGCAUAAUACUGCUCAAUCGAAGACUUCCUGUCAGCUGACCCCUGCCAACCUAUCUGAUGUCUGCCACGCCCCCACACCCACCCUCCAUCCCCACCCAUUUGUCCCCAGAGUGUUGUUUACACAUCAUUGCUGGACAUGAUCCAAGCAGAAAAUCCAGACUCUAUCAUUCUUAAGUUUAAGUACAUCCUUAUAUCACAUUGUGAGAUGCUUUACAUAGUCCUUUUCACAAUAGGACGUUUAUCAGAUAAUUGUGUCUUUCUAAUUUCAUUUAUGAUUGUUCUGUUUUUUUUUUUUUUUUUGCAAAGUUGUAUACAUUUUUUUAUUUGCAACAUUCAUAUAUAAAUGUGUACCCGCCAGAGCCAUCAAUGAUAUGUGAAGUGUUGACUAGCAGUUCCUGAGAACUGUGAUCAUGUCAAAUGUCAGUGUCAGCUUCUCCCCCCCACUGUCAUAUCGGAAAACACCAUCCUUACAUCGAAUGCACUCAUAGUUCACAGGGUUAGUUUUUGACCGCAGCGAUCUGUGUCAAAUACACUUGCGUCCGUACUCAUGCAGGAUUGGAUUGCCCCUUAUGAAUCGGAAUGAUCAGUACUGUAAUGAAACCCUUAUCAGUCAGGGCUGUUGAUAUGAUAUGGUAACCAGGCAGUUCAGUUACUUGCACUGCGUCACAGUGACAGGAUUCCUGCAGUGACUUCACACUUCUUUUUAUAUGUAUCAGUUUGAGUGCAAUAUGACAAAUACACAUUUUUAAGAGAAAAAAAAAAUAAAAACAAGCUUGCUGUUGUGCUGGUGACGUACAGACUUUGUGAUUGAAGUAAACUGCUACACUUGCUUACAAUUGGAGUAUUAACAGUUUCAUGUUGACCAGCUUUUUUCUGUUCGCUCUAAACUGGUGUAUCAAGUUUACCUGGACUAAUACAAAGAGGACUUCAAUACUGAGAAAGGGAAAGAAAAAAGUGUACGUUUUGCUAUGGUAUAUGUGUUUGCCUAUACAUUAUCAAAUCAAAUACUUUUUCUCAAAUGUUUUAAUAAGAAUAGAAUGUAACAUAUAAAUAU